AUGGAAACAAAAAAAUUGAUUGGUAAACCGCUUCAACCAGCUAGACCUGUUCGUCAUCUGACUUCUACACCUGGAGCAGUGUUUCCUUUCAACUUUCAAAAUGAAUAUCCAUGCAGCACUCAAUGCUUACAAAGUGGAGUCAGCAGAUGUAAGAUGAAUGGAAUGCAAGCCUUUCCUCAAGGUCUUAAUGAAAAGCAGCAACAUCAAUCUCCAGUUAAAAAAGAAAGAAUUAAAUACAGCCGGGAUUUCCUGUUGAAGCUCUCAAGUGUUUCCAUCUGCAGAAAAAAACCAGACUUUCUGCCUGAUCAUCCUAUUGUACUUAAAAAACCAGAAAACAACCAGAGUUUUAAUUAG